GUACCCUAUAACGCACUCCAAAUCCCCCCUGGUGAACUCGGCUCAAAAUUACCCAAGACCUCUACUUCGUAGCUCUCCAGAAGCUCCAGAGGAUUGGUCUGGUAUCAUAUGGCCUGGUACGGUAAGGUACUGACAGGUUGCGGCCUGUACACUGACCGCCCUUGUCCCUCUCACCGCCCGCGGAGAUCCGCCGCAUGCCAAUCAUUGCGAUCAAUCAAUAAACGAUCGCGGAUGGUUUAGACGGCUUCCAUUGUCUACCUUUAACAAUUUAUUGAACCGUCAUAGGUCUCAAUGUCCCUACUGCGCGAAGCAGAGAGAUGUUUCGCUAAUCAGGGCUCUCAUGCGGCCCUCAAUGCCCUCAUUACCACCCUACAUCAGUCAGGGCAAUGGUUGGAACGAGUGAAAGAUGCGGAUGCGCGGCGCACCCGGGGUACACCUAAAUCUAAGGUGGAUGGUCGAUUGAUCGCCUUCAAAGACAACAUAUGCACGCGGGACCUCCCAACUACAUGUGCUUCAAACACCCUAGACAAAUUUAUCAGUCCGUUCAAUGCGACAGUGGUUCAGCAACUGCAGGAUGCAGGAGCUCUCAUUGCUGGAAAAGCCAACCUGGAUGAAUUUGGGAUGGGCUCCCAUUCUAUUCACUCGAAGUUUGGGCCCGUUAGAAGCUUGCGCUGUGAUCACGAUGCAGAGAGUCUUUCAGCCGGUGGUAGCUCUGGCGGAAGUGCGGUUGCGGUUGCUACAGCCCAAUGUUAUGCGUCGUUGGGGACUGAUACAGGCGGUUCAGUGCGACUUCCCGCCGCCUAUACCGGAACGGUUGGCUUCAAGCCCUCUUACGGCCUGGUCUCCCGCUGGGGUGUGGUUGCAUAUGCUAACUCAUUGGACACGGUCGGAGUCUUGGGAAGCGACGUGUCCAGCGUCCGCAAUGUCUUCGACAUUGUGAACCAGCAUGAUCCUCGCGACCCGACCAAUCUUUCUCCUUCUAGUCGGUCGCGCAUCGACUCACAUCUGAGAAUGCCCGCUCUGGCAUCUCGGGUCACUUCUUCCCUCAAGAUUGGCAUUCCCCUUGAGUACAACAUAUCCGAACUGGCCCCUUCUUCGCGCCGCGCGUGGUCUCGCUCUCUAGCCUAUUUGCGGCAACAGGGCCAUACUCUUCACACGGUUUCCCUUCCCACAACCAAACUUGCCUUGUCUGCGUAUUAUGUACUCGCACCUGCUGAGGCAUCCUCGAAUCUAGCAAAGUAUGAUGGCGUCAGGUACGGGAAUCGCCCUGAAGGUCCCGAUAAUAUCACUUCAACAGAAGGUUGUCUAUAUGCGAACACACGAGGAGAAGGAUUCGGUUCCGAAGUCAAGAGACGCAUUCUGCUCGGGGCAUUUAGCCUAAGCGCUGAUUCUAUGGAUAAUUACUUUAUCCAGGCGCAGCGGAUUCGCCGCCUUGUUCAGCACGAUUUCAAUGCCGUGUUCAGAGCAUGCCAACCACUCAAUUCUCCGGGGCUAGGAAAGAAUUUAGAUUCCGGCGAAGCUGGAGUAGACGUUCUUGUUUGCCCAACUGCGCCGUCGCCGCCACCACGUAUCUCAAGCCUUAUGGGUCACGGUGCAACAACUUCAUCCCUGGAAGCAUAUGUGAACGAUAUUUUUACUGUGCCUGCCAGUUUGGCUGGCCUUCCAGCCAUAUCCGUUCCGGUCACCACGGGUAGUGCUAAAAAUUCUGAAGAUAGUGACUUGGCUGGAAUCCAAGUCAUUGGCCAAUACGGUGAUGAUGGGCUUGUGUUGAAGGUCGCGGAACUGCUCGAGGGUAAACAUCUAUAGAGUUAUCUUCAACAUGCAUGGAAACCCGAAACAUGAUUGUUGAAACGCAUGUUAAAUCAAUACAAGUAUCAUGUACCAUUACUUUAAACACGC